UUGGUCCGAAGUCCCAGAUGUGUCGCCAAACCGAAGACCAGUGAUCGGCCGCUCGUGCGCCUCAUCGGCGGUAACCUCAGAGUGAACUCAAACCUAAGAUUGGCGUCAAUUGUGGACAAACUCGAGAUCCGGUGUCCGUUGCAGUGGAACGGCUGCCACGAUGUGAUGCCGGUGCGCGAGUUGGCCCAACACGUGCGUCACAAGUGUCGACAUAAAGCGUGUCCAAAGUGUGAGCUCCCGGUGCCGGUCGAGACAGAUGGCAGUGGUGGUGACGACGACCCACAGGUGACCCAUAACUGCGUGGAUCAGCUGAAGGCUGCGCUCAAGCAUUGCAAACAGCGCCAGAAGGCCAGCAAACGCGCGGAUCAGUUGGAGACGAGUGUCGAAGACUGGAAGCAGAAGUAUCGACGACUGGAACGGGAGGCCAAUGAAGAGGUCGAUAGACUGAAGACUAUUGUCGUGCAGACGAAGGAAAGGGAGCGAAAGAUUGUACAGAGUAUCACAGUAUUGGAGGCAAAACUGUCGACCUAUCAGUGCGAUAGUGACAGCGGAAAGGCAUCCAAUUCACUGGUAUUACGCAAACGUAAGUCCGACGGAACGGCUGUCGGCACCGGAACUCAGAUAACAAUCGACAGUCAGAUACCGUUACCGCCGCUCCAAUGCCGACGCAAUCAAAAUGAACUACCGGUGCAGGGAUUUGGCGAUAAGGAAGCUAUGGCUGCGGAUAAUGUCAAAGCUAUGCCGGUGCUCUUCACCGUGAAAUCCAAUGGAACCGCUGGAGUGCCGGUUGUUGUUGUGGUCGAUGGCAGAGAUGUCCAUACUUUAGAGUGUGUAUCAGACGUAUCGGUGGUGCCGUCGACCUCAUCGUCAACCAGUAGCUCAUCGUCUGAGCGCCCGAAACAACAC